AUGGUCCACACCUUCUAUGACGGAACCAUUGUGGUGGCCGAACACAUCCUAGGCUCCCUGUCCCACUUUCUCCAACAAGCCGAGCAACGCCCUAAUGCUACCGAUCUGCUCAAUGCACGUCUCUGUGAGGACAUGUAUCCAGUGACCGACCAAGUGCGCCUCGUAACCCAAUUCUCUGAAUACCUGGUCGCCCGACUGACCGGUCGGGAGCCGGUAACCACUGAAGGAAAACCCACCACAUAUGCCGAAUGCUACGAGCGGAUUGAGAAGGUGCUAAAAGCGCUGAAAGAGGCCGACAAGGAUGUCGUCAACCAGCACGCUGAGAAGCUUAAGCUCACUCAAAUGGGCCCGGAUCAGGCGGCGGAAAUUAGCGGUGCUAUCUAUGCCCAUACCAUUGUCUUGCCGAAUAUUUACUUUCAUCUCACUACCGCGUAUGGAAUUUUGCGGAAGGAGGGAGUGCCGCUGGGUAAGCUGGACUAUUAUGUCGGAUUCUCUUCUCGACGACUCGCUUGA